AUGGCAUCACCGCUAAUGGCAUGGGCGUUGCCGCGCAUCCAGCAAAUCCUACCUCUUGAUGACGAUUCUCUCAAGGAGAUUAUCACAUACACAGACUCUCUACCAAAAGAUGCUGCCGCUGAACACUUGAAGAAUCUGCUGGGAACUGAAGCUAAAAGCCUGGAGUUCAUCUCCAGCUUCAAUAUGAGGCGACAGAAUAAGCCCGCGCCGGCAGCACCUUCAACGAAUGCUUCAUACAAUGCUGGGAAUCCAGAGCUGCCCCGGAAGGCAAAUCCCAAGAAGAAAAGAGCUAACAUUCAUGCGCUUCCCCCACGGCAAGUCGCUCCUGGGCCAUCUGGAGGAUAUCACAAGCCACAAGAAGAAGCAUACAUGCCCGCCAGCACGCGGCAAAGCCAUAAAGACCAAGUGGCGGAUAACCUUGCAUUGAGACGGAAGCCGGAUGCUACACAGAUGCCGCUCAUCACAGACGAUUCGAGCCUCACAAAUCAACCCAUCACAUCCAAAGCACCACCUUCAGCCUCGGGACCUUUGAUAUCGGACUCGCUUGCACCUAAAAAGAAAUCGCAAUCCUCAAGAACUUCGUCUCCAGCACCCACCAAGGUCAACAUAUCAGGCGGCACAGCAAUGCACGGAGCAUCGACCGCAUUAUCUGACCUGGACUCUGCGAUUCGUAGUUUGGAGUUGCAGACGAACCCCAUUCUGUCCGCGAAUUCUGCAGCUGAUACCGAGAAGCGGAAGUGCAAUUGCAUGGCUACGAGACAUCCGAUUCUCGACAUGGCACCAAACUGUCUCGAGUGUGGCAAGGUGAUUUGUGUGAAAGAAGGAMUGGGACCGUGUACCUUCUGCGGCUCACAGCUGUUGAACCCGGAAGAUGUCCAAAAGGUGUUGAAAGUUCUGAAGGAGGAGCGCGGUGAGGAGAAGAUGAAAGCCAACAACGCAUCGCAUAAGAAAGUUGAGGUCGCUCAUGGUAAAGCGAGGGCAUUCACAGGCCGAGAAUUCCUUUCUCAGCCAUCAAAUCGCUCGUCGCCACUGUCCUCUGCACCAGUCACACCCGCCGGAUCAGACGACGAAGCAGGUGCAAAAGCCAAGGCGCAUCGUGACCGACUGCUGGGCUUCCAAGCAAACAAUGCGAAAAGAACGCAGAUCCACGAUGAAGCUGCUGAUUACGAGGUACCCUCGGCGGGCACGAAUAUGUGGGCAAGCCCACAAGAGCGGGCGCAACAGUUGAAGAAACAGCAGAAGAUCAUGCGUGAGAUGGAGUGGAAUGCAAAGCCAGAGUACGAGAAGAGGCACGUCGUGGCAAGCAUUGAUUUAAAAGGCGGGCGGAUCGUCCGACGAAUGGCAGAAGUGGAAAAGCCCAGCUUUGAGGUGGAGAGUCAUGGUGAUGAGGACGAUUACCGCCCUCCAGUAUCUACUGGGGGUGGUGCGUUUAGCAACAACCCAUUGGCUGCUGGAUUGAUUAGGCCCAUGGCACGGGAAGCGAAGGGCAAAGAGGUCGCGAAAGAGCAGAACAGCAACACCUGGCGCAGGGUCCAGAUGGACGAGGAUGAUAAUGAGCAGUGGAUAUUGGACGGUGGAAUGUAUGGCACGGCUCAGAUUCCCGAUGUCUCGAGGGGAAACGAGCCCGAGUGCGGCUAG